AUGAAGUUUUUAGUGCCUAGUGCAGAUACGAUAAGACAGUAUGGUUUUGUUAUUAUAGUGAAUCUAAGCGUGUUCACCACUGGUAUGAACCUGGGUUGGCCUUCACCAGUGCUAGUGAAGCUAAGAGAUCCUGACCAAACUCCACUGCCCAGACCCAUUACUGAAAACGAAGGGUCGUGGUUGGUGUCCGUGGGUUUCUUAUGUGGAGCAGUAACCAAUUUAGGUGUAGGCUGGCUUUUAGAUACUAUAGGACGGAAAUAUAGUAUUCUUCUAACUACUCUGCUCAAGUUUUUAACAGCUCUCCUCUUCAUCUUUUCAACACAAGUAUGGAUGUUGAUAUUUGGCAGAGCGAUUGUGAUGUCGCUAGAAACCCUGCUUUUUAGUGCCGUACCUGUCUACUCGUCGGAGAUAGCUAAUAAAGAUCAACGUGGUGCUUUGGGAACUCUCCUACAGAUCUCCGUGUCGCUCGGCACCGUGGUCUCCCUGUCGGUCGGUCCGUACACUUCGUAUGUGACCUUCAACAUUGUGGUAGCUUGUGCGAUAGCUAUCACCAUGAUACCGCUACUGUUUCUACCUGACAGCCCUUAUUACCUUCACUCUAAAGGGCGCAUAGAAGAGUCGAGGGCAGUCCUAACACUAAUCAGAGGAUCAGAAACCCUGGUAGAAGAAGAAAUAGACGGAUACGAGAAAGCCAAAGAGAGCAAAGUUGAUGUCAGUAAAAUGGCACUGAUAAGGAAUAGAAUGUUCAGGAAAUCUCUAAUCCUGGGUCUGAUGUUGGGCAUUGGGACCUCCCUGCUCGGAUUUACCGCUGUCACUUUCUAUCUGCAAACGAUUCUUGAGACGACAGGAGUGAGUCUUCAACCGGAGAUAUCGUCGGUUAUAUCUGGUGUGAUCCAGUUGGUCGGUAGUGCUUGCUCUACGCCGAUAACGAGAAAUUUUGCCAGAAAGUCAAUUUUGAAAAUCUCGCUGACAGGAUACGCCAUUGGAAUGAUCUGUCUGGGAGUUUUCUUCAGAGUGACAGAGCCAGAAGAUUUCGUCAUCGAAGGAUUUUUGAAUUAUCUUCCAAUUAUCUCUUUGGUUACUGUCAUCUUCUGCUUUAACGUGGGAAUCGGUUCCCUCUACUUCCUGAUUGUGGCGGAACUUUUCGAUGACAUCGGCCGUGCGUUCGGCUUCUCCAUCUUCCUGGCAACCACCACCUUCUUGACCUUCUUUGUCACCAGAUACUUCUCACCGGUGACCAAUAUCCUCGGACCAGCUGUCACAUACUGGAUCUUCAGCGGUUUCACCGUGAUGCUGAUCAUUUUCAUCACGUUAUUCCUCCCGGAGACCAAAGGGAAGACCUUUAGUGAGAUCCAGCAAUCUUUGGGCAACAGCACGAAAAAUGACAACGUAGAGAAAGGCUUGAGGAAGUAAAAAGAUAC